AGGUGACGUCACUGGCUAGGCCAGCCGGCGCCAUUUUGAAAGUGGAGCCCCUGCCGCUGCCGCUGCUGCCGCCGUCGCUGUCGUAGCUGCCGCCGCCGCUGCUAAAGAAAGAGCAAGAGCGGGGAAGCACAAGAGUGAAAUCCACCAUCCUGCUGGCUGGUCUGCCCGCCCCUCCUUCCUUCUUCCCGACCCCCGCCCCCUCCCCCCACAGGUGCCAUCCGCCGCCAUCCUCCCUCUCUACCCCCCCAUCCCCAGGUGAGGGGGGUGAGUUCAGGAAGCAGAGACCCCGAGGAACCCAGCAGGGUCACCAUUUGCAGCGCAACAUGGCAGGAGCUGGAGGAGGGAAUGAUAUUCAGUGGUGUUUUUCUCAGGUGAAAGGAGCAGUAGAUGAUGAUGUAGCAGAAGCAGAUAUAAUUUCGACAGUAGAAUUUAAUCAUUCUGGAGAAUUACUAGCAACAGGAGAUAAAGGUGGUAGAGUCGUCAUCUUUCAACAAGAGCAGGAGAACAAAAUCCAGUCUCAUAGCAGAGGAGAAUAUAAUGUUUACAGCACCUUUCAGAGCCAUGAACCAGAGUUUGACUACUUGAAAAGUUUAGAAAUAGAAGAAAAGAUCAACAAAAUUAGGUGGUUACCCCAGAAAAAUGCUGCUCAGUUUUUAUUGUCUACCAAUGAUAAAACAAUAAAAUUAUGGAAAAUCAGUGAAAGGGACAAAAGACCAGAAGGGUAUAACUUGAAAGAGGAAGAUGGAAGGUUUAGAGAUCCUACUACAGUCACUACACUACGAGUGCCAGUCUUUAGGCCCAUGGAUCUAAUGGUCGAGGCCAGUCCACGGAGAAUAUUUGCCAAUGCCCAUACAUAUCACAUCAACUCAAUUUCUAUUAAUAGUGAUUAUGAAACAUAUUUAUCUGCAGAUGAUUUGCGGAUUAACCUUUGGCAUCUGGAAAUUACAGACAGGAGUUUUAAUAUUGUGGAUAUCAAGCCUGCCAAUAUGGAAGAGCUGACAGAGGUGAUUACAGCAGCAGAAUUCCACCCAAACAGCUGUAACACGUUUGUAUACAGCAGCAGUAAAGGAACUAUUCGGUUAUGUGACAUGAGGGCAUCUGCCCUCUGUGAUAGGCAUUCGAAAUUGUUUGAAGAACCUGAAGAUCCCAGUAACAGGUCUUUUUUUUCUGAAAUCAUCUCCUCUAUUUCUGAUGUAAAAUUCAGCCAUAGUGGUCGCUAUAUGAUGACUAGAGACUAUUUGUCAGUCAAAAUUUGGGACUUAAAUAUGGAAAACAGGCCUGUUGAAACAUACCAGGUGCAUGAAUACCUCAGAAGUAAACUUUGUUCACUGUAUGAAAAUGACUGCAUAUUUGACAAAUUUGAAUGUUGUUGGAAUGGAUCUGAUAGUGUUGUCAUGACUGGAUCUUACAAUAAUUUCUUCAGAAUGUUUGACAGGAACACAAAGCGAGACAUAACCCUAGAAGCGUCACGGGAAAACAAUAAACCUCGCACUGUUCUGAAGCCACGCAAAGUCUGUGCAAGUGGCAAGAGAAAGAAGGAUGAAAUAAGUGUUGACAGCCUAGACUUCAACAAGAAAAUACUUCAUACAGCCUGGCACCCCAAGGAAAAUAUCAUUGCUGUAGCUACUACAAACAAUCUGUAUAUAUUUCAAGACAAAGUGAAUUAGGGUUGGCAUUCCUAGCAGAAGAGCCCACUUCCUGCUUAGUUGAGAUAGUUGAAUCUAGCAUUCGUACCUAAAAAAGAGAGAGGUCCAUUGUGGCGCCCCUUUCCAGUGUUUGACAAUGUGCCAUUCGACAACACAUUUUUUAUAGCUACAUGGAGAAAGCUCUGUGGAUUCGUCACUGUGUGUUCUCCAUGUCUGCUAGCCAUUUAGGUAAGGGUAGGGCACUUUUAAUUUAAAUGACUUCUUGCACCAUCUUGCCUAAUGGACUAGAUUGGACUGUAUCAACAUUGAUUUACUCCACUUUUUAUGCCUUCCAUUGUGAUGACGUCAAACACAGUGAAAGCCUUCAGUCAUGCUUAUGGGAUUUAAUUGUGUAUCCUCAUUACUGUAUCAUUUGUGGGGUACACCCCUCCCCCCCUUUUUUAAAUUAAAUACAGCUCAUUCUUACUGUGGCUUGUAGCAUUCCUCCUCUUCUGGCCUCCUGGACUCUUCCUCCCCUCAUCUCUCUUACCCUUGCCCCCUCCACCCAGUCUUGGUGGUGGUAUAUUAAAAAAAGAAAGAACGAAAGCACACAAAAUGAGUCAGUUUGGGGUCAGUGGUAAAGGGGGUGUAUGUUGAGAACGAAUGUUUUAAUAACAGUUGGCUGUAAUCACUCCUUGCCGUGUCUGGCACUGAAAAUAAGGAAAAAAAACUACUACUGAAUAAAAGUGACAAAGAAUGGA